AUCCCCCCCCUCGUAAAUUCUUCCCGCUAAUUUCUGUACGACCCCUAGCCAAUCCGAUUCCCGAUCUAAUUUUCUCGCGAAACAAACACAAGAAAAGAGAAGAAGGGAAGAAAAAACAGAGAUAAACUUUCCUUCUCAUUUUCUCGCACUUUCUUAGUUAAAUCAAACUCCAAUGAAUUCUCGAGAGCUUGCACUUGUCUCCACAGCCACAGUCUUCGGAGCUUUAGCUUCUGCUUUUGCUGUUCGCUUCCUCUACUUCAGCAACAGCAACUCCAGGAAGCGGUUGUUAUCCAAAACCAAAUCGGUUCCAAACGGUGACGUUUCGAAGAAAUGCUCUAUUCAGAGCCAGUUUGAUCCUUCCAAACGCAAAGAGUAUUUAUCAUGGGAUGAUUAUUUCAUGGCAAUUGCGUUUUUAUCAGCUGAAAGAUCUAAAGAUCCAAACAGGCAGGUUGGGGCGUGUUUGGUUAGUCAAAAUGGCAUAAUUCUUGGCAUUGGCUAUAAUGGAUUUCCAAGAGGUUGUUCAGAUGACAAGCUUCCCUGGGCAAAGAAAUCCAAAUCUGGGGAUCCUCUGGAGACAAAGUACCCUUAUGUUUGUCAUGCUGAAGUCAAUGCUAUUCUGAACACAAAUCAUGCUUCUGCUGCUGGGCAGAAGCUUUAUGUGACUAUGUUCCCCUGCAAUGAAUGUGCCAAGAUAAUCAUUCAGUCUGGCGUCUCUGAAGUUAUAUAUUUUGUAGAGAAAAACUUAAACAAUUCAGAUAUUGCGUAUAUUGCUUCACACAAGCUGCUGUCCAUGGCUGGUAUUAAAGUCAGAAAACAUCAACCCCGGAUGGACCAAAUUUUGAUCAAGUUCGAAGAUCCCUAGAUAAUGACUACUGCUCUUCAUUUGCCAAGCCUGAUUAUCAGUUACAGUUAUAUGAUCAACCCUGGUUGUGCUCCUGUUCUUCAGCUGGGCUGUUAUCCCGUGCUGUUGUUUAUCGAGUAGAUCACCGUUUCUACUCUUUAAAGGGCCUUUGGAUCUAGCUUUUACUGGUGCAUCCGAAUGAGAUUCCUUUGUUUUUUGCGUGAACAUUAUCGAUGUUCUUAACCUGGGGUAAACUUGAUUGGGUGAUUUAAGACAUGCAAUUAGCCGAAAU